CCAACAGCGUGGUAGUGACGAUUGUGGCAUAUAAGAAGCGCUGAGUAGACUGAGCGUAACAAUACAGUAUUGCGAGGUGGGACGGCAGAACUCGGCCUCCGAGAAUCGACAGCCUCAGGCACCGACGACUAGCGAACCCGCGACGACAACGAUAGCGCGGCGACAGUUGCCUCCCGUCCCUUGCUACGACCGAACCGAACAAGAGGAGGACAUGGAGCACAGGCAAUCGCGAUGGCGAAGGACUCCAGGUUACUCAUGUCAGAAGCGAGUGAGGGGUCGACAAGACACCUCUUCGCCGCUGUCGGAGCUUGAGCACGUCGGCCAGUGUCGCCAGACUCAAGAUGUUUAAAUGAACGCCAUUCUCAAACGAUAGCGUUUCCCUUCUCACUUGACUUGCAGAAAUGGCGACAACAAAUGCUGCCGACCACGCCAAUGGAAAUACAGCAACACCGGAGAUUCCUGUGACCAAAGCGUUGGCGCAAUUCGUGGCAACGGCCAAGCCUGAACAGCUUACUCAAGAGCUCCGGACGAAGGUCAAAGAAGUCUUGAUAGAUUACAUUGGAGUUGCCGUGGGCGGCAUUUUCAAUGCACAUUCCACAGAACCCAUCUGUAACGCCAUAAAGGCCUUCCAAGGGCCUGGCAUAGGAACGUGCACUGCCAUCGCUGGAGGUCCGCCAUGUAUGCUUCCACAGUAUGCAGGGCUGCUGAACGCUGCAUUCGCGCAUUCGCUGGACUUUGAUGACACUUAUGCAGAGGGAACGCUCCAUGCGGGCGUCACAGCACUGUCGGCGGCCAUGACACAGUCAGAGCUGCUAGGGAACGAAGCUCCCAUUGACGAUUUCAUCCUUGCGGUGUGCAUUGGGUACGAGAUCAAUUGUCGGCUAGGUCGAGAGCUGGGCUUUGAAUCGUACCACCGAGGAUUCCACAACACCAGCACAGCAGGAAUAUUCGGUGCAGUCGGUGCGAUUGCCGUGCUGAAGCAUUUACCAGUGGACAAGGUAGAGAUGGCAUUCGGUCUUGCAGGCAGCAAGGCGGGAGGCUCGAUGCAGUACCUCGAUAAUGGAAGCUGGAACAAGCGUUUGCAUCCAGGCUUCGCGGUCCACGACGCAUUCAUGUGUGUCAGUCUCGCUGAAGCAGGUGUCGUGGGAGCUACUCGUAUCUUUGAAGGCCAGCAUGGAUUUCUACAAGCCUACAGCCCGAAGGCAGACAAGGACCUUCGACGGCUGGUCAGCGGCCUUGGUUCUGAAUGGAUAUGGCUCAACUCCAGUCUGAAGCCCUUCCCGGCGUGCAGGAUGACACAUACCUUUAUAGAAAUGGCCGGUAAUAUUGGCGCUACGAGAAAAGUCAGCUCUGGAGACAUCAAGGCCAUCAAAAUCAAGCUGCCGCCAACGAACCUUUUACUUGUUGGAGACGCGACGCCGAACAAGAUUCACCCCACGAACCAUAUCGAUGCGCAAUUCUCGGUCUACUUCCAAGUCGCAAACGCCCUCCUAUAUGGAUCCAAUACGGGCAUCCAAGCCUACCAGAAGCUCGAAGACUCCGAGAUCAUGGCAUUGUGCUCCAAGACGACAGUCACCACUGAUCCUGCACUGACUGUCUUCGCAGGGUGGCUGCAAAUUGAGUGGUGCGAUGGCCAUAUCGACGAGGCCCAGAUGCAAGAUGCUCUUGGUGAAGUCCAGCAUCCAUUUACAAGAGACAGAGUAGAUGAGAAAUUUUUGUCGCUUCUCGAACCGAGCUUUGGGGUCACAAGAGCUCAGAAGGUGAUAUCGAUGAUUGACAGCUUGGAGAAGCACUCAGUGGGCGCCUUAUUCAGCCUGCUCCAGUAGCUUCAGACUCGUUCAUCUCUGCCUUUAGCUUUUCCCGAUGAGCCCUGAACUGUGCGGGCACAAUAUCCGGGGCAUAUUCAUCACUGAUUUUGUGUACAAGUAUUUCUGCUGCUCCUCUGCGGCGUGAUAUUGUCCAGGUGCCUUCUCCGGUUAUUUGUUGCUUCAGAAAAUCCAGAAAGGCUGCUGUGAAAUUGAUGCAAAUGUUGCCAUCCCAGCUUUGCAUCCCUUGACGCUUGACGAAAUUUGGUAUCUGGAGUGUCUUCCAUUCCUCGAGGCGUUCGAGAAGGCCAUCGGCGCUGCGGAAUCCAAUGAUGAUCUUGGGAACGCCAAGCAAAAAAGAUUGUGCCCAAAAUCGGCACAUCUUUCGUUCAAACUUCUGAGCAGACUUGACAUCGCCACUGCGAAAGUUCUCGGUAGUCUUCAGCUCCACGUACGGAAUGGGCUCACUCGGAUCAUCAGGCUUGCAGCCUUCGACAGCGUCUACUUCCCCUCCGAUGACGAUCGUGUGACGACCAAUUCCAGUUCGUACGAUGGAGCAAUACUGGGCAUUGUUGUUGACAAUUUCGGCCUCUCGUCCUUCGAUCUCGUCGCGACUGC